GUACCAUUGCUCAAAUUCCCAUAACCAGAACGUCGGUGUGAAUCAUGCCAGCUUUGGAAGAUGAAGAUCCCUAGUCUGCGGGCGGGAGACCUAGCAAACCACUAGAGGCACACGCGAAUCUUUUCUCUUUGCUACUCCCAUUUAACAUCCGUGUCCUCUGUAUAUCUACACUCGCCUCGCAGUUACCUUUCCCUAAACUUGAACUUAGAGAUCAAGAAAAAGAGAAGAGCCAUGGUGAGGCAACCAGGGAAGCGUAAAUGGGGGAAUAUGGUGGUGAUGAUCUGCGUUAGUCUUUUAGGUUUUGGACUCAUUGCGGAUUUCUUCUGGGCCUCUUCUCCUCGCUUCGCUUCUUCUCUCAAAUGGUCCCCUGAUUCCUCCUUAUCUUCCACCAACAACUUAAUUGUGCCCCUUGGACCUCGAGUUAAGCCCCGGGAGAAGGAUAAUGAAGAAACUGUUAAAGGUAGGAAAUAUGGUACUACUCCUGAAAGGUUUUUAUCUGCAACUUUUGCCGACUUACCUGCACCAGAACUGAAAUGGGAGAAGAUGCCAGCUGCACCUGUGCCUCGUUUAGAUGGGGCUGCAAUACAGAUCAGGAAUCUUCUGUACGUGUUUGCUGGAUAUGGUACUAUUGAUUAUGUUCAUUCACAUGUUGAUAUUUAUAACUUUACGGGUAACACAUGGGGAGGAAGAUUUGAUAUGCCCAAAGAAAUGGCCCAUUCACAUUUAGGAAUGGUAACAGAUGGGAGGUACAUCUAUGUGGUUACGGGACAAUAUGGUCCACAAUGCAGAGGCCCGACAGCUCGCACAUUUGUGCUUGACACAGACACUAAGCAAUGGCAGGACAUGAUUCCCUUGCCAGUCCCUAGGUAUGCCCCAGCAACUCAACUUUGGAGAGGCAGGCUCCACGUAAUGGGUGGUAGCAAGGAGAAUCGUCAUACACCUGGACUAGAGCAUUGGAGCAUUGCUGUUAAGGAUGGCAAAGUAUUGGAAAAGGAGUGGAGAAAUGAAAUUCCUAUUCCACGUGGAGGACCUCACAGGGCCUGUGUUGUGGCUAAUGAUCGCCUUUUUGUUAUUGGUGGUCAAGAAGGUGAUUUCAUGGCCAAACCUGGAUCACCGAUCUUCAAGUGCUCCCGUAGGAAUGAGGUGGUUUAUGGUGAUGUUUACAUGCUGGAUGACGACAUGAAAUGGAAAGUUCUACCUUCUAUGCCAAAGCCAGAUUCCCAUAUUGAAUUUGCUUGGGUGCUGGUUAACAAUUCCAUUGUGAUUGUUGGAGGCACUACAGAGAAGCACCCUAUAACUAAAAAGAUGGUUCUGGUUGGGGAGAUUUUUCAAUUCAACUUGGACACUCUGAAAUGGUCAGUGAUUGGGAAACUUCCCUACCGCGUAAAAACGACACUGGUUGGAUAUUGGGAGGGAUGGUUAUACUUCACAUCGGGACAGCGAGAUAAAGGACCGGAUAAUCCGGCACCAAGGAAGGUCAUUGGUGACUUGUGGAGAACCAAGCUGAAACUAAAAUGAUUGAAAUUUUAGAAUUUGAUGGUAGGAUAGUUUCCGCCACCUGAACAAAUUCAUAUUGUUAUGAAAUUUAAGACUUACAUCUCUUUUCUUGUUGUAUUUUAUGGACUGCAUUUCUUUAGGUUUCAUAUUCUUUUCCACUUAUAUCUGGUGUAAAGGGGGUGUAGAAUUGGGAAUCCCCCACUUCAAUCAGUUUUGUGUAACAUUCAGUGUAUAUCUAUUGACCGGAAAGAUUAAAUGUAAAUGUAUUUGAGUUAUACCCAA